AUGAAGCUGGCUAUUACUAAACUGCGAAAAGUAAACAGGGAGAUUAAGCAAGGGAUCCCAGAACUGGAAGACAUCAUAGACAAUCUCGAGUUCAUGUACAAAUCUCGAGAAAAGGGCAAUAAGGAAUCGAGGAUCCUCACCCGAGUUUCACAGAGCCCUCGGGCAAAUUCUACGACUGAGGUCAGCGCAGUUAAAAGAGUAGCCUCAAGCUCGCCGCAGAUGUCUGAAGAAACCCUCAAAAGACCGAGGCAAGAGGCGACGACGACUGAAUCCACCAAGUGGACGGAGGUCGUGAAGAAGAAAAGAAAUAAUGAGAAACCAGGGACGAAGGCGACGAAACACCUACAUCAGGAGAAAAAGAAGCCGACCAAAUCUGAGGGUAGGCCGAGAAAGAGAACUAGGCCGGACGCAAUCCUCCUGAAACCUGUGCAAGGAAAAUCUUACGCAGACGUAGUCGGAGUCAUCCACCAGUGCUUAAAGAACAGCGCCACAGGAGUGGAUAUUAGAUCGUUCCGGCAGACUAGAACCGGAGGGAUUCUCCUCGAACUAAUGGAGACCACCGUGGAUAUCAAGGCCUCAUUCGCGAAAACCCUGAAAAAAGAGGUAGGAGAAAUGAGCAGCAUCACGGAAAUGGUCCCUAGAGCUACACUGGAGAUACGGGACUGUGACUGCUGCACCUCGUCGAUAGAAGUCGAGGAGGCCCUAAAGAGGACCCUGCCAGGCUACGCGGGGAAAAUCGAUAUUAAGAUGACGAACCCCAACGCAAGACAACAACGCCUGGACCUCAUCAAAAUAGAAGAGGAAGCAGCAGCGCAGCUUUUAAUGGCCGGUCGAGUGCUGAUUGAAUUCAUCAGCUGCAGGGUCAGGCGAAGGGCAGAAGUAGGGCGAUGUUUCCGCUGUCUCGACUAUGGUCACUAUAGUGCCUCGUGCAAGGGACCUGAUCGCAAAACAGUUUGCUAUUAUUGUGGCUACACGGGGCACAAGAUCAGAGAGUGCAAGGUCAGCGAGCCUACUUGCUUCUUGUGCUCAAGGAGUGGUGUUGAAACUAGGAAGCACCUGGCGGGAUCAAGGGCCUGCAAAGCUUUCCAGGAGGCCCUUGCAAAAGUAAAGAAGUAG